AAAGCGCUUCUCCUUGUUGUCCCUCCCGGGUCUCCGUAGUGGCGGUUUACUGGCUGCAGCGGAUCAACAGUACCGACCAGUCGGUUAUUAGUUUAUCUUCUCCGGUACAUAUGACACGUUUCUACGGAACCGACUGAAACACCGGCGUCUUUACCGACGUUGCCAUGGAGGACGUGCCCCGCCUAGUGUCCACAGGAGACUGUGUGAAGAUCUGGGAUGCAGUUUCCAUGGCACCGCUGGAGCAGUUCAACCCACAUAGCAACAGCCACCCUGUGGCACAGGCCUGCUGGAGCUCCAACAACCAGUACCUGGUCAGCGCCAGCAGCAGCGGAGACAAACUGGUGGUUUCCAGCCUCAAGUCGACUCCUGUUCCAGUGGUGGAACUGGGCGAGGGGAAAAAACAAACCAGUGUGUGUCUGAGUUCAUCGUCUCAGUUUCUGGUCAGUGGAGGUCUGGAUCACAGUGUUCACAUCUGGGACCUGAAGACCAAGAGACUGCACCGCUCCCUCAAGGACCAUAAAGAAGAGGUGACCUGCGUGACCUUCAAUGCCAACGACAGCUACAUCGCCUCCGGUUCCACCAGCGGAGACCUGGUCCUCCACAGUCUGACCACCAACCUGUCCAGCAAAGCCUUCGGACACGGCAGCGACCAGCCCAUCCAUGACCUGAGGCUGUCCAUGCUGAAGCGCUCCCUACUGGGCAGCGUCUCUGACAGCGGCACCGUGGUCCUGUGGGACUCCAACACCCAGAAGGAGCUCCAUGUGUUCGAGAGCGCCCACAAGGCCCCGGGCUCCGGCCUCGCCUUCUCCCCCGUCAGCGAGCUGUUGGUGGUUAGCGUCGGUCUCGACAAGAAGAUCGUCUGCUACGACACGACCAGCAAGAUCAUCCUGAGGUCGAUCCGAGUGGACAGUCCGCUGACCUCGGUGGACUUCACUCCGGACGGUACCGGUGUGGUGGUCGGAUCCACUCAGGGGAAGAUCUACCAGUACGACCUGAGGAACUCCAGCGCCCCCACCACGAUCAUUGCAGCACACAAGACCUCCGUCACCUGCCUGCGCUUCCAGAGCAACAUCAGCAAACACAAGUCCAGUAAACUGGGCUCCACCAAGAUUGUCAAGAGAUCCUCGAUCAAGCUGUCAAACAGCCAGCCAGACUCCUCCCCCGGCACAGGCCCCGCCCCCCACAGACAGGUGACAGGUACAGCAGGGGGCGCUGGUACAGAGUUGAUGUCCCGGGAGGCUGAAGGUCAGCAGGGGACGGAGCCGCUUCCUGUUGUGGAGAAGUUCAGCAGCGUUGGACGAAACAGUCUGGACGUCUUCUCUCCUGCUCGGGAAGACUCUCGGACCCAGGGGACGACCGGAGAUACGCAGUUUGGAAGAACAUACGCUACCAGUUUGGAGAUGCUGUCCAGAGAAGGGGAGGGUCAGCAGGUCAUCGGUCGGGGCAGUCUGGACAUCUUCUCCCCAGUCAGAGAAGAUGCCAACUCGCACCGUAAGACCCCCCUGGGAACGCCACUGGUCGCUGCCACAGGCCGAUGCUUCAGCCCGCUGUCCGUCUUCCAAACCCCUCCCACAAUCAAAGAGGAGGAGCCAAUCCCUGCUGCAGCAGCCGAACCAUGUGACUCCAGAAAGUCCGACAAGGCCAGCGGCUCCAGUCUGGAGGGGGAGGGUCGGACCACGCCCACAGCAUCCCAGCAGACCAAUCACAGUCAGCCGGGCCUGCCAUUCUUCACUCCAGAGCCCAGCCUCAGGAGAGCCAAUGGGAUUCAAGCCCAGCUGAGCUACGAGUCACCUGCAGCCGCCGCCACAGCAGGUCCAGCUCUGUCGUCGGCGGUUUCUUCCUCGCUAUCCAACAACAUCGCAGAGGUGGUCGGACAGGCGGGAGCUGCUCCUCUCACCUCCCUGCAGAUGCACUUCAUCCAGAACAUGAUCCAUGACACUCUGGAGGACUUCAGGGACUCCUGUCACAAAGACAUCAUCAACCUGCAGGUGGAGAUGAUGCGGCAGUUUUACAUCCAGCUGAACGAGAUCCACGGUCUGAUUGAGAAAUACUCUGUGAACGAGUCUCUGGUGGAGGAGGUGGAGAUGCUGAGAGAGGAGAACCGAAGGCUGAGGACCAACUACUGACCCUCUGAUCCAGACUGGGUUAGACAUCGUUCUGGGAUGUGGGUUGAAAAAGUGCAGCAGAAAAAGAAUCUCAACCUGGAGAGAAAGUGUUGAGUCAGAAUGAACUCUGAGGACGAGCUCUCAUCACCAGUGCCUCCCUUCAGUCAGACUGUUGAGGAAGGUCUGCAGCUUCACAUGGGAGGGAAGUUGAUGUGUUUUGCAGCUGCAGAAUGAACAGAUGGUGUGAUAAAAUGUCCUACUGAGUCCCUCAAACACAUAGAAACAUCUUUGGUAUUGUCAUUUUAAACACAGAUUUUGUAACUCCAGUCUGAGGAAGUUUAUAACACAUUAGUUUACACUUUCAGACGGACAUUUUCUCACAUUAUCAGCAGCUGGUUGCUUCACGUGUGCCUGGAUCAUGUUUGUAUUAAGAAGAAACAUUUUGUUUAAAGAAUAAAAAAGAUUCCUAUUGAUAAUAAAA